AUGCCAUGCCUCUGCGAUGACACGUCGCGUGUCGGGCCAGCGGGGGGCUACGCGUUUCGCCUCAACUUUCAAAGCCCAGUGCCAUGGCCCGACCGCCGCCUUCAAUCCUCGUCCAACGUCAAUAGCGCGCAUGCAGAUGUGAGCAAUUCAAAUGCAACUUCGCCUGGUGCAAAGUUCUUGCCGCAGCGGGAUACAGGCGAAAGACAAUAUGCCUCAGCAGCGUACGUUCAGCAGCUGUACUAUGCUACGCUCUGGCAAGGCGAAGCGUACGCGUCGCUGUCCGACUUUGCGCGCUACACCUCGCGUCUCUUCACACAGUGCAUCGAGCAGUGCGAACAAGGAGGCAAUGGAACCGCACCGCCGUCAGCAGGCGAGCGCCAUGAUCCGGAACUCGCCCCAGACAGUCAGAGACCGAAUGGUAUACGUUUGCUGGUCGAAGUGCUCCAGCUGCUCCUGCGCAGCGGCGACAGAGUGAGCAGGCGAAUGCGGCAGGUCGUACCUUCGCGUUUGGGUCGUGUCACUCGAAAGUCUGCGGAGACAAGCGGGGACGAGGGUGACAUUUCACUACCAGAAUGGAAAGCGCUCACAGCAUGCCUGCAAAGCGGGCCGGCGGCCAGCGUCAGAGCAUAUCUGGAGCAACAAUACCAAACGGAGGAGGGCGGCGCUGAUGCAACAGUUUCUCUAGUCGGUAUCGUUAAGCAUUGGCUCGCCGCCAUGGAAUGCCGAGAGCUUCAGCUACAAAUCCUUUUGACGCUGCUUGCCCUCCGCGUUUGUGCUUCAGAUCCCGUCGUUCUUGAGGAGCACCGUUGCGAGCGCGUGCGCAAGACCGAAGCUCAGGCUCAGGCUCAGCAUGUGGAGCGGCAAGAGGGCGAGUCGCAAAGCAACGACCGGUUGGCAAAUACGCAAGAAGAGAGCCAAAACGAUGACUUGCAACUAUGCGGGAUCCAGGCAUUAAGCCAACAAGGGCAGCCGCAGCUUUUGAGUAGCGGCAAGGAAUGUCUAGGAGGUGAAGAGGGAAAGGAGAAAGAGAGAGAGAACGAGGGCGACGCGCCGAUUGCGAAGAAACGAAAGCGCAAAAGCAUGCCACCGCAUCGUUUCGGGGGCGUUGGCGCCGGCAUAGGUGGUGCGUUUCCCUGGCAGCGACGGCUAACGAAGGAGACCCACAGGUCUGUGUCUUCUACCGCAGCCACACCUGGCGCUGGUGAAGGCCUUCUAUCUGCGGGCGAUGAACAAACUUGGAAGUUAGCCGCAGACGGCAGUGGCAUCGGAGAUGAGCAGAUCUCCUUCGACGUUGAUGCCCUCUCGACCAGGUUCGAGAUGCUGACAGACAAGUUGUGCUUGCUCACGCUUGUCACAGGCCUGGGUGAUCUCAUGCCCACCGCCGAAGGGGAAUCAAAAGCGAAAGCGGAAGCUGGCGGCACACCCGGAACUGCCAUUGGAGCAAGCGCUGCCACGAACGUCCUCUUCGGCUCGGCCGCACGCCCUAAAGAUGCGCGCGACGAACGGGAUGAAGUGCAAUACUUUUGUUCGUCGAUCGUUAAGCCUUUCUUCUCCACUGCCCUGCCGCGCCAAUACGCCGCGCUGCGUAGCAAGUGCUUUGUCACUGCUGGCAAUGCUGGAACCGGAUUCAAAGGCACGCCGUCGUGGCCUGGUGUGUCCGCAUCUGGGGCCACUGUGGGUGGGUCAAAACGCAGUAAGUCCGGCACCCUGCUCGCCUCCCCUUCUGCAGGAAUGGAUUCGGGCUCCGCGUCGGCUGCAGGAGCAGGGCCGGGCAUCGCGCCGAGCUCGGCCGAAAAGCUGGACCUCAACCUGGCCCUUCGAGACGAGAAGCGCAAGCAGCGCGAAAAGGCAGCGCACGCGAAGGAGGCAUUCGACACCGAAGCCCUGCGCCGCGAGUUGGACAGUCAAGCCCGCAACAGCAAGCGUCUGCGGCGCGACUCGUCCGUUGGACCCGGUGCUGGCGCCACAAGUGCUACCGCUGCUGCUGAAGGUGGCAAAGGAGGAAAGGAGAAGGCCAAAGUCACGCGCGAGGUUGACAUGGUCAGAAGGUUCAGGCGCAGCGCCAGUGCCGUGCUCACCUCGGAUGUGCUGCACUCUGUCGGUCCCAACAGCGGCAGCACCGCGGGCGGGAGGCAAAACAACGAGGAGUCCUCUUCCACCGGCCUCGCUGCCUCGGACGCUGCUGCAAAGCAAACCUCAACAAAAGUCUUUGGUGCUCGUCCGAGAGUGCUCGAACGGACGCAGUCGCUCAUUCCGCGCAGGUCUGCCACACCUAGCUCUGCGGAUGGCUGGACAGGUGUACGGCUGCCUCGGCAAAGCUCGGUGCUGCAUGACGACCGCCAGCCUCCGCACCAGCACCCGCAAGUGAGGCAGGCGAGCGUCCCGCCCCCGCAUAUGAUGGCUGCAAGCAAGGCAUCCGUCGAACAACCAGUGCAGCAAGAUCUCACAGUUAGCGCUAGUGAGGAGGCCGAGGCUGACAUCAAAGAGUGUGUCAAAGACACUGCCCAGGACAUAAGCGAUACUGCAGAAGAGGAAGAGCAAGGUGACGGGGAGGGAGACGACGAUGAAGAACCCAUGGAAGUGAUUAUACCGCGCAAGCGCAAGUCGCUUGCAGAGAAAUCCGCCUCGAGCAGCAACACUCUGGGCAGAUGGAUGUUCUUCGAAUCGCACGACCUUUCGGACGUUGGUGACAAAGACAAGAAACGCGCAGAGAGGCCACAGUCACUACCCAGCAAGAACCCGUUUGCACGCACGGUUUCCGAGAGCAAUAGCGGCGGUAGCACAGGUCUACAGCGGGCCAGGACCGGCAGAAAUCCUUCCACAGUGGCAAAAGCUCUAGCGCAUGCGCCGACAAGCGAAGAACAGCAGCAUACGCAGAUAGUGGAAGACAUUUUGGUAGAAUCCUGUCCUGCUGAGCUGGGACGCAUGUGGGGAGGCUGUACUCCUCUUCGUUCGCCCUAG